AUGACAGUUUUAUCGUCAGCAGAGACAGCUGAACAGCCGCCACGCAAGAAGUUGUGUUUAUCAGCAUCCAGGCAACUACAAUCUAAAUCCUAUGCACUCUCCCAACUUAACCCGAUGGCAUCACCUCUUGACCAGCCUGUUAUCCGGCAUAUCAAGCAACAGCAACAACUGCAGCAGCAGCAACAGCAGCAGCAAAUAAACUGUUCUUGUGACAACGAAAGCAAUGGGUCCCCUGGUGUGGCAACUUUAUGCAAUCUUGGUAACACCUGUUUUUUGAAUAGUGUCUUAUACACAUUGAGAUUUGCACCUUCAUUUUUGCACAAUCUUCAUCACCUUAUUACCGAGUUACAAGAGAUCACGGGGCGGUCAACAAACGGACUAAAAGGAAAAUGUUCUUCUCUGGGUAGAAGUACAAGCUCAGUCAGCAGCAAAAUGUGGAACUUUCAAUCAUCAUUAAACGUUAGUAUGAAUGAUCUAAAAAUCAUACAAGUUACUGAACGUCUUCAUCAAGUAUUCGAAGCGUUACACAAUUGUGAGCUCAAAGACAGUUCAGAUCCGUAUCAACCUGAAGUAUUUUUGCAAUCCUUAAGAGAUGUCAAUCCAAUUUUUGAGGGAAACCAACAACACGACGCCCAUGAACUACUUGUCUGCUUGUUAGAUAAUAUCAGAGAGGGAUGUAAAUUAGUCAUGCAGCAUUCUGCCCAAGUGAAUUGUUUUGUAGCACCUGCUCCAGUUAUUCAACCUGUUGCGCCUAAUAAAUUGAAAAAAUUUUCUGGACAAGUGCGAAAGUCUUUAAAAAUUGCAUCCAGCAGUAAAACACGACCAGUCAAUGGCAUUCUCCCGCCCAGUGUUAAUAUUGCUAGUGAUAAAGUGGUUUUACCCGAAAAUGACAAUUUUGCUGAUGACAAACAAAUGUAUGUAGUAAAUGGAACCACAAAUGCUGUUCAAUCUGAUGAAAAUGAAAGCAUUCCUAAUGGCAGCAGUAGUAGCAGUACAUCAAUGUUUGAUGAUUUUCAAGGUGUAUCCCUACUUCGCACCACUUGUUUAGAAUGUGAAUUUGUUACAGAACGGAAAGAGAGUUUUUGUGACAUCUGUGUUCCUAUAAAUGGUUUAACUAAUGGAGACAUAUCACCUGAAAAUGAAUUCAACCCUUAUGAUUAUGACAGCGUAAACAAAUUGUACCAUUCUGCAAUAGUAACUGAAGAAUAUUUACAAGACACUGACAAAUAUUGGUGCGAACAGUGUUGUCGAUAUAAUGAAGCUAAACGAAGUGUUGGAUAUGAAAGUUUACCUCGACUGCUGACAUUACAUUUAAAACGAUUUUGCACCAACUAUAGAGCUGUUGUGUCAAAAGUAAAUGAACACAUGCCAACACCUUUGACAUUGGAGUGUUUUUGUGAAGAGUGUUUAUCUCUCAAUUCACAACAAAAAACUCGAGCGCAUAGUUACCAGCUGUAUGCUAUAAUAAUGCAUUUGGGUGCUACAAUUGCGUCUGGGCAUUAUGUCGCAUAUGUUAAGGCUCAGGACAACCUUGACGAGUAUAUCAAUUGUCCUCGUGAUCGACGCAAGACUGGAAGCCUUUCCGUCACACCCAAUGGUACUCUGCCAGCAAAUUAUAAAAAGUCAUCAAUAUCAAAUGGUCUUUUUCGAUUUCUAAAAAUAUCUUCAAAAGCGUCAUCAUCUGGUGCUCCUAAUAGUCAGUCAAGUGAUUCAAUUGAUUCAGGAAAAGUUUCUUCGAUAGGACGGUGGUGUCGUAGUCUAGAAUGUUGUGGAGUAAGAAUAUUAGAUAAUUCAGAAGGUGGAGAUAGUGUAUGGUUAGAGUGUGAUGAUGAAACAGUAAGAACAAUGUCGGUUGCACAAUUAUCACAAAUUUUAGAAUCCAAAUCAUCCAAGAACUCAGCACUAACUCCAUACUUAUUAUUUUAUGUUAAAGUGAAUCACAGCGAAUAA